AUGGCGUCGUCGACACCUUCUUCCCUCUUGCAGCUUCAGACAUUGGCAGCCAAUGGCUCCAACGCCACCAAAAUCGGCCCCAAGUCCAAUAAAAGCGACGACAGCAUCAACACCCUGUCAUCGAGCGCUUCCGGCUCACCCAAGUCCUCCUUAGACAUUGUUCGCUGCUCUCGAUGUCAACGAUCCCUGAGUAUUGAUACCUCGCUUCCUGCUCAGAACAGUGGCGCAGUCCGAUUCGGCAUGAACUCAUAUUACUGCCAAAGAUGUGCCAACGUGGUUGGCUUUGUCAAAUGA